UACCCGUAUGUAGAAAUGACUUGUCGACAAUCGGUAAUGUUUAUAAAGGAAACGAAAAUGGAAAUUCUUUUUAACCAAAAAGUUUGAAGAUCUAUUUGUAUUCAUCUAUUCAAGGUCGUGUCAAUUUAUAACUAUAGGAUAUAAUGGAAUAUUGGAAUAAGGGUAAGACUCCAUACGAUUUAGCAGCAGAAGAAGAAGAGGGGCAGUAUAAAGAAGUGAUGGAAUACUUACAGUCUGUUAUGUCCGAGAAAUCUUCAGGUGUGACUGUUGGACUAGAGAAAGAAGAUCCAAUCCACACAGAGAAAAAGUCUGCUAUGUUAAACAGGUUACUUGGCAGUGGAACGUAUGAUUCCUAUGACAUGCGCUGUAUGGUAACAGGCCAAUUCGGGGUUGGGAAAUCAAGUCUUGUCAAGCUCUUGGCAGGUGAUGUCAUCCCAGAAAGAAGACAUCCUACCGAUGGGAUUUCCCUUAUAGAAGGUCGCUGUGGCCUUGAUGUUGAGACUAAAAGCUGGAUUUAUAUUGAUCCAGAAACGUAUGAUGCAUUGGAUGUUGUUUACAAUAAGGUUUUAAUGACCUCAGUAGAAGAGAAUGAAGGACAAGAAUCAGAAAAGCCAGAGAAACAGCUACCAGGUUCAAAUCCUGUUAGAAGAGAUGAUAAAGUGAUGACAGGUGGCCCCUCCCAACAGCAUCGAGCAGCCAAAUCUUUAUCACCUAAAAUGUCUGACAGUGUGUCCAAGAGAAGACCAGAGGUGAAAACGCACAUGAAAUCGAAAAUGACAAGAGAAGAAAUAAGAAAGAAAAUGGAAAAAGUCCUUAAGAGUGGAGACUAUAAGAUGAAAGUUGGAAGACUGAUUUUUUGGGACUUCGGUGGACAGUAUGUCUACUAUACCACACACCAAACCUUCAUGACUUUCAGAGCUUUGUUUCUCGUGGUAUUUGAUGGAAGCAAACAAUUGCAUGAGCUAGUCCCAGAUGUUCUGUGUUUUCCAGGGCAGCACAUGACACCAACCCCAGCAGUAUUUCUACAACAUUGGGUUAACUCAAUCCUAACAUAUUGUAAGGUGGUAUAUGAAGGCAUUCCAAAGAUCUUGUUUGUUGCCACCCAUAAAGACAAAGUACCAAUUGAGGAUGUGGAGUCCAGGCGUGAGGAGUUGUACAAUGGAGUAGAGGAAUUGUUCAAGGACCAUGAGGGACAACACCAUCUAGUCCUAACAAAACGGAUAUUUGUCAAUGCAAGGGAUAACACAGAUCCAGAAAUUGAAGUCCUCAAGAAAGCCAUCACAGAACUUACUUUUGAACAUCCUUGUUGGGGGGAGAAGAUGCCCAACGCUUGUGUUCCCCUAGAACUCGAGAUUGCAGAGCUCGUGGCAGAUGGAAAACAAAUCUUGUCAUUGGAGGAUGUUGAAGAAUUAAAUGCUAUAAGCAAGGUGUCUGUAUUGUCCCCAGACCAACUCAAAGAUUUCCUAAAUUUCCACCACUCACUGGGGAAGAUUGUUUACUUUGAUACUCCACAGCUGAAAGAUUUCGUAAUCAUCAACCCCUUACUCAUGGUGGAGGUUAUGAGGUCCUUUGUGACAGAUAAAGUAUUUUGGCCCGAGGAAACGAGAAUUCAGGAAACUUUCAAAAGAAUGUCAAAAUGUGGGACCAUAAGACGGGAAGACCUCUACCUAAUUUGGCAGCAAACAGAUUUCAGUGCAAUUUUACCAUACAAAGAGUUUAUAUUUAACAUCCUGAUUUAUUUAGAUAUCUUGGCAGAGCAAAGGAGAUAUGAUACAACUACAGGAAGUCGCUUACCAGUGGAAAACUUCUUUGUUCCCUGUAUGGUUACAGAGAGAAAUACUACCAACUUCAUGGACAAAGAGUGUACACCAGAGAGAGCUAUAUGCUUAGCGUUUCUUUUUAAAGGGACUAUAAUACCACCAGCUUUGCCCAAUCGUCUGAUCAGUGCAUGUCUGAGCAUGUGGACCGUCAAGCAGUACGAAGGAAGAAAACUCCUGUUUUCAGGAUUUAUUGGUUUAUCGUUUGACAAGUCACAUGAUAUUGUUGUAUGCGUUGAAGGCAACAAGAUUCUUCUUUACAUCGUCCAUAGAACCUCCGCUGGACUUAUAGUACCAGAUAUAGCUACCGGGGUCAAAGAAUGCUUGGUUAUAACAAUGGAAAGAAUUUCAGAUUUCUAUCAGUCCACAAUCCAUGCAAAACGGAGCCAACAAUCACCAUUUCACAUUGAAUAUACAUGUUCAAAUUUGAAAUGCUUCAUCAGUGAAGAGGAAGCCCUGCAGACCAAUGGAUGGAUUUGUGACAAACAUAACCAAACACACAAAACAGGACACUGGCGUGUUUGGAAUCAAGAUCAGACUAAAGAACAAUGCGAAGAGGAUUGUCAAGGUUUAAAUGAUGAUGCUUUAAGCAAGACACCAAGUGAUAUUGAACUUCUGCGUUUUUCAAACCACUGUGAAUCAAAUCAAAUGCAUGAAUUAGUUACACAUCUUGGAAUGGUAAGGAUAUGGAAAGAUGUCGAAUACAAUCAUCCUAAAGAUAUACAGGUUGCCAAAUUUUUGCUGUUAUCAAAGUGGAAAGAGAUGAAAGCUAAAUGCAAUUUCAAAACUUUGUCAGAAGCUCUGAUCAGCAUGGGUAUAUCAACCCAUGUUUUGUGUCAAGUAAGAAGAAUCAUCAAAGCAGAAACAGAUAUUCAAGCCAAUUACUUGGAUUGUAUUCCAACAGAUGAGAUUCUAGAUGCAUUAGCUCCACAAAUUGGUCAAGUUUUUUUCCAACUUGGCACCGAAAUUGGGCUAUCAAUUCCUACCCUGGAAAAUAUACAGAGCAACAAUCCUUCUGACUUAGCAGAACAGAAUAGGGUCGUAUUAUUUAAGUGGAGAGAAGACCAACUAGUCAAACCUACAAUACGGGUCCUUAUUCAGGCUUUAUUUAAUAUUGGGAGAGGUGCACGUUGUUUAGAAGAAGUUUUAAACAAUGUUGAUCUGAACACCCUUAAACAUGUAGUUUCACAACAAUCGAGAGGUAAAGGUGCAAUUCCAAAGAAACUAAAAAUAAAAUCAGGACAGGAAUCACAGAGUCAGGGAAAUAAUGUGCGUAAAUUAGCCUCAUUGUUUGAAAGAUAAGUUAUGCAUUUAGUUGUAACUUUUGUAUUUCAUUUGUUCCAUAUUUUUUAUUUUUAGGUAUUAAGAAGGUCUGUAAGCAAAACAGUCCCAAUUUCCCUUUGAUAUCUUUCGCCUCUUUCAUAUUAUUUACUUCAUGGACGUUCAACAGAUUCAUCAUAUGUUAUUUUAUUUGUUUUUUUAUAACCUUUACAGAUAUUCUUCUCUGUAAGCAAUUUUGAAUUAUCUUUCUGAUAAUAUCUUUUUUUGAAUUUAUAUCAGAUGACAAUUCAAGCCAGACAGCAAGAUUAUUGUAAUACAAGUACCUGAAUACAUUUUUUGGGGGGUAAAUUGUUUUGUUAAAAUGAGGCUGUUAAUUUUCUCAAAUGAAUUGUUUCAUAUUAUCAUGUCGUGGCCUUUUAUAGCUGAUAAUAGGUUGCACUUUGUAAAUACAGCUGUUUCUCAAACCACGCCUCUUUUGGGAAGAUAUAUAAUAUUCAUAGAUAAUUUGAUUUGUUUACGUACUGGUUCCAAGAUAUGAUCUCCUUGUUUCAUCUCAUAGCCCUAUGUUUUGACCUUUGAAUAAAAUAGUAGUGCAUAUAAACUUUCCAAUCUAGGAUAUAACUUUUUACGAAACUUCAUAGUAAAAGUGGCACAGUUUAAGCCACAAAGGGAGUUCGUAUUGGAAAUUGCAUUGUCUUUAUUUACAUAAAUGCAAUCUAUAUGGGUUGAUUUCAAUAACACAUUUGUAUAAAUUAAAGGUUUGACUCAUUUAAGAUUUAUGCAUUUUGUGAAAAAUCUAUUUUAAAAUCUAUCAAAAAUCUUUUUAAAAACACUUAUGCAACUUCAAACAGCUACACAUGUAAGUAUCCUAGGGCCGCCAUUCAAAUUUGAUACCAGUAAAGCCUCAAACCAUUCAAUGUACAAACAGCUACACAUGUAAGUACCCUGGGGCCUCCGAUCAAAUUUGAUACCAGUCUAGCCUUAAACCAUCCAAUGUACAACAGCUACACAUGUAAGUAUCCUGGGGCCUCCGAUCAAAUUUGAUACCAGUAAAGCCUCAAACCAUUCAAUGUACAAAUAGCUACACAUGUAAGUAUCCUGGGGCCUCUAAUCAAAUUUGAUACCAGUCGAGCCUCAAACCAUUCAAUGUACAAUCAGCUACACAUGUAAGUAUCCUGGGGCCUCCGAUCAAAUUUGAUACCAGUAAAGCCUCAAACCAUUCAAUGUACAAUCAGCUACAGAUGUAAGUACCCUGGGGCCUCCAAUCAAAUUUGAUACCAGCCAACCCUAAAACCAUCCAAUGUACAAUCAGCUAUGCUGUUAUAAAAAAUAAUUCUUUCUGAACUGUAAACAUAAGAGUGAAAAUGAUUUGAUAGUUUAAAGUUAUGAAUUCAACAUCCCACCGCAAACCACCCCCCUUUUCUGCAUAAUAAAGGAGCCCAAUGUACUAUAGAAGAUACCAAAACUUGUAUAUUAAGUGCGAAACACUGAAGCUGUUUCUCAAACCACGCCUCUUUUUGGGAGAUAUAUAAUAUUUAUAGAUAAUUUGAUUUGUUUACGUACUGGUUCCAAGAUAUGAUCUCCUUGUUUCAUCUCAUAGCCCUGUGUUUUGACCUUUGAAUAAAAUAGUAGUGCAUAUAAACUUUCCAAUCUAGGAUAUAACUUUUUACGAAACUUCUUGUAAAAGUGGCACAGUUUAAGCCACAAAGGGAGUUCGUAUUGGAAAUUGCAUUGUCUUUAUUCACAUAAAUGCAAUCUAUAUGGGUUGAUUUCAAUAACACAUUUGUAUAAAUUAAAGGUUUGACUCAUUUAAGAUUUAUGCAUUUUGUGAAAAAAUCUAUUUUAAAAUCUAUCAAAAAUCUUUUUAAAAACACUUAUGUGACUUCAAACAGCUACACAUGUAAGUAUCCUCCGAUCAAAUUUGAUACCAGUAAAGCCUCAAACCAUUCAAUGUACAAUCAGCUACACAUGUAAGUACCCUUGGGCCUCCAAUCAAAUUUGAUACCAGUCGAGCCUCAAACCAUUCAAUGUACAAACAGCUACACAUGUAAGUAUCCUGGGGCUGCCAUUCAAAUUUGAUACCAGUAAAGCCUCAAACCAUUCAAUGUACAAACAGCUACACAUGUAAGUAUCCUGGGGUCUCCAAUCAAAUUUGAUACCAGUCGAGCCUUAAACCAUCCAAUGUACAAUCAGCUACACAUGUAAGUAUCCUAGGGCCGCUAAUCAAAUUUGAUACCAGUAAAGCCUCAAACUAUUCAAUGUACAAUCAGCUACACAUGUAAGUAUCCUGGGGCCUCCGAUCAAAUUUGAUACCAGUCGAGCCUCAAACCAUUCAAUGUACAAUCAGCUACACAUGUAAGUAUCCUGGGGCCUCCGAUCAAAUUUGAUACCAGUAAAGCCUCAAACCAUUCAAUGUACAAUCAGCUACAGAUGUAAGUAUCCUGGGGCCUCCAAUCGAAUUUGACACCAGCCAACCCUAAAACCAUCCAAUGUACAAUCAGCUAUGCUGUUAUAAAAAAUAAUUCUUUCUGAACUGUAAACAUAAGAGUGAAAAUAAUUUGAUAGUUUAAAGUUAUGAAUUCAACAUCCCACCGCAAACCACCCCCUUUCUGCAUAAUCAAGGAGCCCAAUGUACUAUAGAAGAUACCAAGACUUGUAUAUUAAGUGCGAAACAAAUAUAAGUCUAAAUUGAAAACAACGUUCAAACCUAUGAUUGCGUUGGAUAAAAACCGCAAUUUUUAUACGUGUGCAUGCAAAACAAACUUCUUGGUAGAGGGGUCUAAAUACAGCACGAACAACAUUUUCCAAAAGACCAAAAAAGUGAAAAAGGUUAUUUUUAAACAAAACGCAUUUGACUAACAGGUUGAACAGCGGAUGUUCUUAAACCCUGUUGACUACCAUUGGCGAUUCUCAAAUAAACGGAUCACAAGAUGUAACAAAAUGGAUCUUUAUUAUUAAUUUAAUACCAAACCGAAAACAAUAUAUUUUUUUUCUUUAUUUUUUAGGAAAGCGCUCAAUGAGAAAUAAAGAAAAAAAAUAUAUUGAAUAGUAAAGGUGACCAUUCAUUUUCAAAGAAUAUGGUUUGACUAUAUGGUAUUUUUGUUUGUUUUAUUUAAAGAUUUUGUUUAUUUCUAAUGCAUAAAUUGUCCCUGAUUAUCGUUAUACAAACAUUAUUUAUUACAUGAAGAUGUCACUUAUUCACACAAUAUAUAUGUUCUUUCAAACUUUUUAUAGAUAUCUUAGAGAAACGUAGGCUUACAUUGCAAUUUUUCAUAUGAUUAAUAUGGCCAAGGGUCAUACCUCUUGAAAAAGUUCUUUGGCACUGAUUUUCAAACUUAUCUGAGACAUUGCUGUCAUAGCCUUUGAUAUCGAUUUCAUUAAAAUGUGGCAAUACUUGUAUACUUGAGAGCUCUUACAAUGUAAUUUUUGAUAUUGUUGAUGUUUCUGUGAGGUGCGACUGUUAUAAAAUAAGAUGGUCGGCACUGAAUUAUGAACUUGUCCGAGACAUUGCUGAAAUAAUCCUUUGAUAUCAAUUUCACAAGAAUUUAAGAGGAAUUGUACACUUGAGAGUGCUCACAAUGUAAUUUUGUACAUAAUUCACAUUUCAAAGGGUUAUAGCUGAUUUUUUAGGAAUAGUUGAUUGGCACUGAUUUUCAAGCUUGUCCAAGAGGUUACUUGUAUUAACAUUUGAUAUCAAUUUCAUAAAAAUCAGGCAAGAAUUGUAUAUAUGAGAUUGUUUACAAUGUAAUUUUCCGUAUAAUAAAUAUUCACAAGGAAUAAGAAGACCGGACUGACGCACUGUAUUUCCAUGUACCCCACAAUGCAUCGAGCAGGGGACAAUUACAAAGAGUUUAAUGAAUCAUAUCAAAUCAAGACAUCAUUUAUUAGACUAAUUGACUAGCUUCAUUUGAUUUUUUAGCUUUUCAUGUUUAAAACAGAAUAUUAAUAGCACAACAUUGGAAAAGACGAAAUAUUAUGUUUUUAACAAUGUUGUCAUUUAUUCACAAGUUUAAUAUAAGAUCAGACAUGAAAUUCAAUGCAUUAAAAAAAAAAAAAAUUUUAAUCUUUAUUGUGACUUAUUUCAGGUGACUUUUUAUGACUUUUUUCCAACAUUCUAAUAACAAUUAAAGACACGAUUCGAGUGCUGUUUGAAAGAACGAAAGAGCAUGUUUACAGUUUAAGUGUUAAAAAGCUGUUAUCUGGUUAUUAACAUACAAUUAAAGAACUUUGCCGCUAUGUCCUCCCAAAUGUCUAGAUAUAUUUUUUAAGUUUUGAACAUUACAAAAAUGAAUCUAGAGAUUUUGUCAAUCUAUAUAUUCACUUGGGUAGUUAACUCUGUACGAAAAAUGGGUUCAAAAAGCUUUUUUUUCCCUUGCACUGAUGAGAAAAGAGAAGUUUUAUAUUAAAAUGUUUUCUGACCAAAAGGGGCAUGCAGGUUAUAAUUCCACGGGAUAGCAACCCUAACUACAUAGUCAGCCUGUGAUGUUUCCUCAGUUCUUGGAGAGGUGGUAGUUCCAGCUUUGAAAGCAUAUUUGUAACGCAUCCUGUUUCUCUGGAUUUGUAGUCGUGCAGGAUGAAACGUGCGCCUCUUUUCUGUAUGCUUUCUAUCAUUUCUAUUUCCCUGGUGCUGAAUGGGUUCCAAAUGACAGCACCGUAUUCUAGUACCGAUAUAACCAUGGCUAAGUAGGCUAGUUUGUUGCACUCUUGGGGGCACUGGCGUAAGUUUCUUCUCAGGAAACCUAGUGAACAGCUUGCCUUGCUUGUAAUUUUUCCUAUGUGGCUGGUCCACAUUAGGUCAUCAGAUAUAUUAAGGCCUAGGUACGGAUUUGUUUGGACAUACUCUAAUAGUUGGUUGUCUAGUUGGUAGAAGUGUGUUCAUUUUUUUUUUAAGCUCAUUAUAUAGCAUUGUUUUGGUAUUAAAUUUCAUUCCCCAAUUUAGUGUACAUACUUCCAAAGCCUUCAGAUCUACUUGGAGAAUUUGAUGGUCUUCCGUGUUGUUAAUUUCUCGAUAGAGUAGGCAGUCGUCUGCAAAUAAUCGAAUUUGGGAUUUUACACCUUCCGGGAGGUUAUUGAUGUGGCUUGGGAUAAGCAGCAGUCCUAGCACUGUGACUUGUGGUACGCCAGAGUCUACGUGGGCAUAUCUUGAGUGCUCACCUUCAACAACAACCUGCAUUGAUCGUUUUCACAGGAAUGUAUGGAGAUUUCCAUCUAUUUCAUAACUGUUUAGCUUAGCCAGCUAGCAUACUAUAUAGAUAUAAGAAGAUGUGGUAUGAGUGCCAAUGAGACAACUCUACAUCCAAGUCACAAUUUGUAAAAGUACAUAUAAAAAUGUACAUAUUAUUAUAUCGAUAAUGUUAAUAUUACCUUAUAAUUAUGUUUAUAUAUGAUUGUUUCCAUAUAAUUAUUUUUAUAUAUGAUUUUUACCAUAUGAUUAUGUUUAAAUAUGUUUUUUACCAUAUGAUUAUGUUUAUGUACGAUUUUCGCCAUACUAUGUACAUAUUAUGAUUCCUGAUAUCUAAUUUAUGUUGGUUAUCAACACACGUAAUAAACAGUAUAGUAAAAAAAAUCA